CCAGCCUGCGACGGCUUAAAAAUUAAAGCAGAAAUGGCCCAAGAUGCAAUGGAUGUAGAUGUUCACCUAGACGCAGAUCACGCUCCAGAAAGCCCCGAGGUUGGCCCUGCUGAAGCCACCGGUAGUCAAUCUGGGCCGCCCCCCUUGCCCGCUCCUCAGGAACCCCGGGAAGUAGCCGAGGAAAUAGUCGUGCUCUCUGGUCCUGAGGAUGAAGAUCCAGGCCCCGGAGCGGCAGGAGAGGAGGCGGCGGACGGAGCGACUGCAUAUCCCAUUCUCCAGGAUUCUGCUCUGAGCUCCUUGAACACUUUUAUUGAUGGAUUACAAAGGCUGCAAGGGGCCCUCGGACUACUGAGGCAGCAACCCGCCGGGCAAGUGGCCCGGCAACCGAGGACGAGGAGGGCUAGCCGCCGGCAGUUGAGACCACGAGCAUCUCAGGGGCCAGCCACCAACAGAUCCAGAGCACCGCUGGACAGUUAUUUUCAGAUCAGCAGGACUCAGCAACCUUCCUCGGCCCGCUCCCGUCCUGACUCUGAAAGUGUCCAGGAGCUGAGCAGCUUAGACAGUGACAGCUCCACCACUGAAGAGGAGGAAGAGGAGCAGCAGCCAACCCCACGACCUGCUCCCACCGGAUUAGGAGCGUCUGGCGCUAUCCCAGCGGAUCCUCCCGGGGAGUCUUCAGUGGGAGCAUCUGCAGCUGGAGCAGAGGCCCAACCAAAAGUGCCCUCUCCAGUGAAGCCUGAUCCGCCGUCUCCUUCUGCCGCCGUUUCCACCGUCCCUUUAGAUGAGGAAGAAGGGGACACUUGCACCAUCUGCUUUGAACAGUGGACCAACGCCGGGCCUCACCGGCUCUCAGCGUUACGCUGCGGGCAUCUUUUUGGAUACACUUGCAUCGCUAAGUGGCUUAAGGGACAGGCGGGAAAAUGUCCCCAGUGUAACAAAAAAGCCAAGCGCUCCGACAUCGUGGUCCUCUACGCCCGAACUCUGAAAGCCCUGGACACCAGUGAACAGGAGCAGCUGAAAAGUUCUUUAGAGAAGGAGCAGAUGCUGAGGAAACAGGCGGAGUUAGAAUCAGCCCAGUGCCGACUCCAGAUGCAGUUCUUGUCUGAUGAGUGUACUAAACUGCGCAAUCAGGUGCAGGAACUGAAGAUGCUCUUGGCCCAGCACGGACCCAGUGGUUCUCAGCAGGCCGGCAGCUCCCGAGCCUGUUUCCCCAGCUGCCUGACCUCCAGUCAGAGUCAGCACCAGUAUCAGCUGGAGAAGUCCUUCAUCAUAUCUCAGGCAGGAAACUGCCGGGUGAUGGCCUACUGUGAUUCUCUGAGCUGUCUGGUGGUGUCUCAGCCCUCUCCGCAGUCUACCUUCGUUCCGGGCUGUGGCGUUAAGAUGAUGAGCGCAGCCAACAUGAAAAGCAGCCAGUACAUUCCAAUCCACAGCAAGCAGAUUCGGGGCUUGGCCUUCAACAACCAGGGAAAUGGUCUGCUGCUGUCUGCUGCUCUGGACAACACGAUCAAAUUGACGAGUCUGGCGACGAAUACUGUGGUCCAGACGUACAACACUGGUCGCCCUGUCUGGAGCUGCUGCUGGUGCCUUGAUGAUACCAACUACAUUUACGCCGGGUUGAUCAAUGGUUCCGUCCUGGUGUACGAUUUGAGGGACACAAGCUCGUAUGUCCAGGAAUUAGUGCCUCAGGGAUCCAGGUGUCCAAUGGUGUCUCUGUCGUACCUACCCCGAAUGGCCUCAGCUGCAUUUCCAUACGGUGGAGUACUCGCUGGGAACUUAGAAGGUGCCUGCUUUUGGGAGCAGAAGGCCAGCAAUGUCUACUGUCCUCACAUCCUGCCUCUCGAGCCAGGGGGCUGCAUUGACAUCCAGACAGAGAGCAGCACUCGGCACUGCCUUGCAACGUACAGACCCAACAAAAACCACCAUUCCCUACGCUGCGUGCUGAUGGAAUUAUCAUAUGUCCCGGACUCGGCCGGAAACCCGAUUUGCACCUGUCAGCCCAUCCAGACUUUCACCGGUGGGCCAACCUGCAAGCUGUUGACCAAAACAGCCAUCUUUCCCCAUCCAGAGGAAGACACUAGCAUCUUGGUUUGUGCCGGGGAUGAGGCUUCCAACUCUGCCAUGCUGUGGGAUGCUGGGAGUGGCUCCUUGCUGCAGAAGCUCAAGGCCAGCGAACCUGUGCUGGACAUCUGCCCCUUUGAAGUGAACCAGCACAACUACCUGGCUACCCUGACGGAGAAGAUGGUGAAGAUCUACAAAUGGGGAUGAAAGCCAUUCCGAAUCUUCCAAAAUGACGCUGCUAGUGAACUACUGAACUUGGGAGCUGCUUGGCAUCCGGUGGCCCUGAGAGCCCCAUUCGGGUACUGCUUCCCAGUUACAGAGAUUCUCACACGCCUUGGAUGGGUAACGACCAACACGUCUCGGGUUUUUCUGACUCUUGGGGCUUGGAGAGCUUGCCACUGAAAUGGGGAGAGAGAGGAUGGAUGUCUGAUGCCUAGAAAUCAUUCCAUAUCCUUUUUAUUUCUUUGUAAAUCUAUGCGUGUCCUCAUCCCCCCCCGCCCCCCCCGGCUCUGCUCUUUAUUCUAGUUUCAAUCCGACUCCCAAACCUUGUAAAAUAAUGCUCUCAAGUGUUGGUCCUGAUGACACUAGGGCUCAUCGACCGUCUUAUCAGUUAAGCUACAGGGAAUGGGAGUAUGUAAUUUGAAGGACUCAGGAAAAGGGGUUGAUUAAUAAUGUUGGGUUCCUUAGCCCUGCCCUCCUGUGUUUGGAUUUUAAUGAACCGUCACCGUGGUUUCUCUCAGCAGAUACAAGGGGGUGCUAGGGAAUCAUAGGAGCGUCUCUGAUUAAACAAGCGACCUGAGGGGAACCUCAUAAAAAUCAAAUAUUUCACUCUCUUCUCUCCCUACCUCCCGCAAAAUUUCCAUUUUGCCCAACUACCAAAUUACUUUCUGGCAUUGGAUCUUCAUCUGUCCAGAUUAUGACCUACAGUUUCAUCGCAAGGGCCUCACAGUUGCUAUGUGAUUGAUAGACACAUCCCACCUGGGCCAGCGUGGACCACGGGUGAUAUCCCACUGCUCUGGCGUGGCUGUGCAGGUGAAUUAUGCAGCCUGCCUUGGGCAAGAAAUCUGAGUUGGCAGGGAGCAGGGAAGACAUUCCUUGUCACUUUGGUUGUAUUAUCCUAGCACAAGUUGCUUAUCUUCUGACUGAUGCAAGCUGUAAUUAUCACAUUCAUGAGGGAAAAGUGAGAAAGAAAUGGGUGAAGUAUAAUGGACAAUUAUUGGGUCUCAACCUGCAGCAAACCCCAGGAACAAGUAGUUAACCAGCUGAACUCGUAAGAGAAAAAUCCAGGUUUUUCUGCACAAGCUGGAGGGGCCUAUCACCAAAACAAAAAGAGUUUUUGAGUUUACUUUUAGCAGAAGAAUCCCAGUCCCUUCUUCUAGGUACAGAUCUUUGCUUAGGGACGAGAGAGUGAUCUUCUGAUUAUUUAAAAACAGCAAGACGUAAUAUUGGCGUCUGUCUAGGUUUAGGAAAGCCUUUCUCUUUUGAAAACUAAAGUUAGAUUCUGAGUUCACCUUAAUCCUUGAGUCCUUCUGCUCCCUAAAAGUAUUUUGCUAGCGGAGACAUUUAUAAAACUGAGCAAGUUCUCUUUGAGAAGUGGCGCUCUGGGUAAUAAACAUUUUUGUAGCCAGUAAGAAUUCCAGCUUCACUCCAUAAAUUCUCAUUCCCAAAAGAAGUUUUUUAAAACUGCUGACUUUUCUCUCCAGCAGGUGAAUUUUUCAACUGUUUAUCCCCUUAACAGACAGCCUUGAGCCUAAGAAACUGAUAAGGCAUUCCAGGGAACAAAUGAGAUAGCAGAAAAGGCUUCUUCAAGUUCUAGCUGUGGGGGUGUUAUCAGCUGGAAUUAGAAGCAAAAUGACCAGCUUGGUGAUUUUUCUUCUUUUUUUUUUUCUUGUUAUUGAAGUUCUCUGGUCCAGAGCCCUUUUUCUACUGUCUGGGGGUACGGUGGGGAGCAGGGGUCUGUCCCACUCUCAAAGAUUUGUUGCAAUCCCAGUUCUUCCCCCUCUCCCAUUCCUUUCACGCUGUUUUUUGGUACUUUCACCCAGUUUGGGGGUGAGUAAGUUGAGUGGCCUUUCUCCAAAUCAGCGUCCAUUUACCUCUUGCUAGGGGGAGAGGAAGCAUCCCUCUUGUUUUUAGUCAGUAUUUUUUGGCUUUUCUUUCACUUAUCUCUUUCUUCCUUGUCUAAAAGGUGUCCCAUACACCCCCUGGGGACAUUUUUUAAAUCCCAGCUUCCUAGCUGUCAUGGAAGGCCCCCUUUUAUCCAGAGAAUGGGCUCCAGUGACCCUUGAGUUGAUUAUCUGCUCUUGGCUGAGGCUCAGGGGGCAAAAAGAAAUUGAACUGAAGACCUCACCUGGGCUUCCAACAGGCAACAAAGUCUAUGCUUGGCUUUCUUUUUUUUUUUUUCCAGCAAUCUAGGAUACUUGGCUCCUGAAGCUGCACUCCUAUCGUCGGAGUAGUUUACUCCUCCUUCUAGGUAAAGAAUUUAAGAUGCCUCUAGGAAAGGUGGAGGUGGGUGGUCUGUUUUCUUUAGUAUAUUGCAGAUCCUAGAUUACUGAAGCAACUAUUGGGUUUCACUUUCUGACCCAGGGUUUGAGAUGCACGUUUGCGAAAGAGAGCACAGAAAAGUUAUGGAAAUCAAGCGAGAAAGCCUUCAUGUAUUAUUGGGACUCAGCAUUUCUAGACCCAUCAGCAACCAGUGUCAAUGGCAGUUUUUUUGUGUUGCUAAGCACCAGAAGGGUAGCUAGAGUUGAAGUCAGUUAAAUUCUUUUCUCCCAACUUAAGAAUUUAACAUGUCCUAUGAGCUGUCGGUCCUUGCUUUGAAAACCCAAUUGUAAAAUAAUGCUCCUCUAUUUAAUUCUCUUUUUGUAUAUAUGCCUUAUUUCUCCAUU